AUGGUGUUGCGCCAAGCCUGCCGGGCCGCAGCUGCCCGCGUCGACGCGCAACUGCAGGCGUGGGCGGCCGCGCUGCCGUCCGACGCUGGCGCCGCCUUACGUGCCAAUGGCUACUACGUCGUCGACGGCGCCGUCUCGCCCGCGUUGGCGCAAGCGCUGCGCGAUGAGAUCGCGUCCUUGGCGGCCGCCGACGCGCUGUACCCGAACGCCACGCACGUGUACGUCAAGGACGCGCCGCGCCCGCUGCUCUUGGAGAAGGCGCACAUCCACGAGACCGAGCUGGCCGACAUGUCUGCCGACUACGCCAGCCUCCACCGCUGGUUUGACAACCCGACGCUGCGGACGACGUGCAAUGCGUUGCUGCCGUCGCUGCGCGCCGAUCGCCACAUGAUCAAGGUGCAGUACAACGACGGCCAUGGCGGCUGCUUUCCGAUGCACUUUGACACGUACGGCGACGACGGCAAGUGCCUCACGGCGGUGCUGUACCUCAACGAGCGCUGGGCGCCGGGCGACGGCGGCGAAAUCGUUUUGUUCCCAUUCCCAUACGCGCCGAUCACGAUUGCGCCAGCGGCAAGUCGCCUCGUGCUCUUCUCGUCCCACCGCAUGCUGCACCGCGUGCUCCCGUCCCGCGCCCCACGGUCGCACCAACGUCAUAUGCCAUCUCAUGCCACCUCGUAG